AUGUCGGACAAAUCUACCACGGGCGGUCCAGUUGCCGCGUCUCACCCAUCAGAUAAACUCUCUGACCGAGAACGCUAUGCCGACCUACGUACCAGUGGCGACCGGCAUGGUGAGUCUCGGAGUCUCGAGAUGGAGAUCGAGGAUGACCAAAUCUUCUCUAUGCGAGAAAUCGACCCCGUGCUUGAUGCGAAGAUGCGCCUCAUCAAUAAGGUCGAACGAACCAUGGAUGAAAUCGGGUGGACAAACAUGCACCUCAAGCUGUUUUUCCUGAAUGGUUUCGGCUACGCUGCUGACUCUCUCAUCCUUGCCCUUCAAGCUGUGACUGCCAGCCAAGCUGCUCUUGAGUUUCGUCCUGCCUUCUCUUAUGGCCUCAAUGUGGCUGUCUAUACCGGAAUGCUGGUUGGGGUGUUAUUCUGGGGACUAGGUGCGGAUGUCAUUGGUCGUCGUUAUGCUUUCAACAUUUCACUCUUCUUAUCCUCCGUAUUUGCCAUUGCGGCUGGUGCAUCGCCUAACUGGAUUGUCCUUGCUACUUUUGUUGGCCUAGCUGCAUUUGGUGCUGGCGGAAACCUUGUUCUAGAUACCACCGUCUUCCUCGAGUUUCUCCCUGGUAACAAGCAAUGGCUUGUUACGUUGAUGGCCUGCUGGUGGGGCCUCGCUUAUGUCAUUGUUGCCGCCUUUUGCUGGCCAAUCUACUCGAAUCCCAAGUACGUCUGCGUGGAUGCUGAUACAUGUACUAAAGGUAACAACAUGGGCUGGCGAUAUGUCUGGUACGGCAAUGGAGCUCUCGUCUUUGUAUGCAGCAUUUUACGAGUCACUGUGAUUCGACUCAAGGAGACCCCCAAGUACCUUCUUGCCAAAGGCGACGACGCUGCUGUGGUUGCCAUCUACCAAGAUAUUGCAAAGAAAUAUCAACGACCGUGUAGUCUCACUGUUGAGGCACUUGAGUCUAUGGGGACCAUCGACUCCACAUAUGGCAAGUCCAGGAAGCUCGCCAUCUCAACGAUUCUGAUCUGGAUGUCUUGGCUUCUUAUUGGCCUGGCGUACCCACUGUUUUAUGUCUUUCUCCCUGAUUAUCUUGCCAGUCGUGGUGCCCAAACAGGAGAGUCAGGACCGUAUUACCAGUGGAGAAACUACAUGCUUAGCAGUAUCACGGGUAUCUUUGGACCAGUGGCUGCUGGUUUCAUGUGUAAUUCCAAGCUGCUUGGCCGCAAGUAUACCAUGGCCAUUGGAGCUCUUAUCACAAUGGCCUUCUUUUUUGCUUAUACUGCCGUCAAGACUCCGGCUCAGAAUGUUGCCUUGAGUUGCGUCAUAGCUUUUACGUUGAAUAUAUACUAUGGAACCUUGUAUGCGUACACUCCAGAGGUGCUGCCAUCAGCCCAUCGGGCAACCGGCAACGGAAUAGCUGUAGCAGGAAACCGAAUCAUGGGUUUGGUAUCCUCGUUUGUAGCAGCUUACGGUAACACUGCGACAUCAGUCCCUAUCUAUGUAUGCGCUGUGCUAUACAUCGUCAUGGCUAUUAUAGCUGUGAUCUUACCGUUUGAGCCCUAUGGGAAGCGGUCCAUGUAG